CAAGGGAUCGAAGGUAGAGUCACUGAAGCAUUUGCACCGGGACCGUUAUAUUGUCAUCAAACCACCUGUUAUAGGGAGGGAGGCCUCUGUUCCGCUAUCCCUCCCACAAAAUAGUAUGAGACGGAGUUUCUUUGUAGUACGCUAAACGGGAUAAGACAGAGUGCCCUAGAGUAAACUGACGCAUGCGAGCCAGCAAGUUGACAGACAUAACAAAACUUGCGUCAACAGGGGACAGUCCUACUAGGAAUUACGGACGUUGAGUAGAUAGCUGGUCCUGCAAAAUGAAAUUCGCGGAGCACCUUUCGUCCCAUAUUACUCCGGAAUGGAGGAAACAGUACCUUCAAUAUGAGGCGUUCAAGGAUAUGCUGUAUGCGGCCCAGGACCAGGCCCCAUCCAUAGAAGUCACAGAUGAAGACACUGUCAAGAGAUACUAUGCCAAGUUUGAGGAGAAGUUUUUUCAGAAUUGUGAGAAGGAGCUUUUGAAGAUCAACACAUUUUAUUCAGAGAAACUUGCGGAAGCCCAGAGGCGUUUUGCCACCCUGCAGAAUGAGCUGCAGUCGUCUCUGGAUGCGCAGCGUGAGAGCAAUGCGCCAGGUCUGCGGAAACGCAAGACAGUGUUCCACCUUUCCCAGGAGGAGCGCUGCAAACACCGCAACAUCAAAGACCUGCAGCUGGCCUUCUCCGAGUUCUACCUCAGCCUCAUCCUGCUGCAGAACUACCAGAAUCUGAACUUCACAGGCUUUCGUAAGAUCCUGAAGAAGCAUGAUAAGAUCCUGGAGACUCCCCGUGGGGCUGACUGGCGCGUGGCCCAUGUGGAGGUGGCCCCCUUCUACACCUGUAAGAAGAUCACCCAGCUCAUUUCUGAGACUGAGGCUGUGGUGACCACAGAGCUGGAGGGAGGGGACCGUCAGAAGGCCAUGAAGAGGCUGAGAGUGCCUCCACUGGGGGCAGCACAGCCUGCUCUAGCCUGGACUACCUUCCGCGUUGGCCUAUACUGUGGGGUCUUCAUCGUCCUCUCUAUUUCCUUCAUCCUCAGUGGUGCUGUACUCAUCCGGUAUGAGAACGUGUGGCCUCUGGUGCGUAUCUACCGUGGUGGCUUCCUGCUGAUCGAGUUCCUCUUCCUGUUGGGCAUCAACACGUACGGCUGGCGCCAGGCGGGGGUCAACCAUGUGCUCAUCUUUGAGCUGAACCCUCGCAGCAACCUCUCCCACCAGCACCUGUUUGAGAUUGCAGGGUUCCUGGGGGUGCUGUGGUGUAUGAGCAUCCUGUCCUGUCUGUACUCUGAGUACACCAUGCUGCCCAUGCAGGUCAACCCCCUCAUCCUCUAUGGCUUUAUGCUCCUCUUCCUCAUCAACCCCUUCAAGACUGGCUACUACAAGUCUCGUUUCUGGCUGCUCAAACUUCUGUUCCGUGUGUUCACGGCGCCGUUCCACCGCGUGGAGUUUGCAGACUUCUGGCUGGCCGACCAGCUCAACUCUCUGGUGAUUGUACUGAUGGACCUGGAGUAUCUCAUCUGCUUCUACAGCUUCGAGCUCAAAUGGACCGACCGCAAAGGCCUCCUGCCCAUGUUCAACAGUGAUUACACAUGCCACAGUUACUCCUAUGGUCUCCGUGCCAUCAUCCAGUGUCUGCCUGCUUGGUUCCGUUUCGUGCAGUGCCUCCGUCGGUACCGAGACACCAAGCGAGCUUUCCCUCACCUGGUCAACGCUGGCAAAUACUCCACCACCUUCUUUGUGGUCACCUUCGCUGCACUCUACAGCACCCACAAAGAACAAAAGCAUUCCGAUGCAGACAUGUUCUUCUACCUGCUGAUGGUGUUCUCAGCCGUCAGCUCCCUGUACACUCUGAUCUGGGACCUGAAGAUGGACUGGGGCCUGUUUGACCGUGGAGCAGGGGAGAACACCUUCCUUAGGGAGGAGAUUGUCUACCCACAGAAAGCGUACUACUACUGUGCCAUCAUAGAGGACGUGAUCCUGCGUUUUGCCUGGACCAUCCAGAUCUCCCUCACCACCAUGACCAACAUCCCCUCUGUGGGAGACAUCGUGGCCACCGUUCUGGCUCCUCUAGAGGUGUUCAGGCGUUUUGUCUGGAACUUCUUCCGUCUGGAGAAUGAGCACCUGAAUAAUUGUGGUGAGUUCCGUGCCGUGAGGGACAUCUCGGUGGCUCCGCUGAACGCUGACGACCAGACGCUGUUGGAGCAGAUGAUGGACCAGGAGGACGGAGUCAGGAACCGUCAGGGCAAGAAGAGCUGGAAACGCAGCUACAGCCUGUCCCUGCGGCGCCCCCUGCUGUCCUCUCAAUCAUCCAAGAAGGACACCAAGGUGUUGAUAGAGGACACGGAUGAUGAGGCCUUCAGCUGAGCCCAAAGCACCAGCUCUACAACCCCAGUGAUCACUCCAUCACAGAGCUGCCUCACACACACCACACACACACACCACACACACACACACACACACACACACACACACACACACACACACACA